AAAGUGCUUUCUCGCUCCCAGUUUAACUGGUGUUUACAAACUGGUGUAAAUCUUUCCGUGUAUUUUAGGGGAUAAAUGAAUCAUGUGGCGGGGCAGAAAAAGACAUUGAAGCUCGGCUGCUCUGACACACUACAGGCAUGAAGUGCCUUCUGGUGGCCACAGAAAGUGCCGAAGUCCUUUUCUUCUGGACUGAUCCUGAAUUUGAGCAGCACAUUAAAGAACAAUAUGAAACACCACAAGAGGAGGGUGGAAGGCCACCAGCCUUUGAGGAUAGCAUCAACACAUUGUUUGCCCCAAUUAUCAUCUCCUGUAGCACCAUGGUUGACCGUCUGGGUGAGGGCUACACCUCUUUCAGCACAGAGAAUGGUCACGUCUAUGCUCUACAUCAGUUUGAUGAAUGUCUGUAUAUAGCUGUGAAUGGAGACGGUGAGGAGAGUGAUGAGGAUCUGAAGAGAAAAGUUUUUGUGAUGAAGAAACUUACAGAGAUCUUGUUUGGCAUGGUGAUGCUCAGCAGCUCUCUCUUGAGGAAAGAAUUGCGCCCUCACGACAUGGAGCAGAGGAACCGUGUAUGGAAGAAACUGCAGGGACUUCUUGAAACGUACAGCCGCUUGAGAGAACAGGAUCAAAGCUUUUUAGUGGAGGCUGUGGAGAGGUUGAUCCACCCGAUGCUGUGUGAACAAUGCAUUGAGUUUCUGGAGCGGAAACUGGUGCAGCAGAUCAACAGCAGUGCUGAAAGAGCAGGAGAGGAGGUGCUGCAUGCUUUCAUCCUGGUGCACACCAAACUUUUGGCUUUCUAUUCCAGCCGUAAUGCCAGCACGCUGAGUACUUCAGACCUUCUGUCCCUGAUCAUCAUUGUGCAGGAUCUUUAUCCUAGCAGCCUCGAGCUUGAAGACACAUCUACUGAGGAGCUGGAAAGUACUUCAGCGCCUGACAUUUUCUACACUCCAGAACCUUCACCAAUUGAAAAAGACUCUGGCCAUCUUAGCAGUGACAGUCCUCCUGUCUUCCAGUUUGUGGAUCCUGACAUUCAGAUGGCAGAGGACAGUCUGCAAACUCUUCAGGUGCCGGCUCCUGACCCUAUGACCCCAACUAGAGUAUUCCUAGAAGCAGCAUCUAAGGAGGGCUUUCAUCCCAUGAUGCCUCACUCCAUGUACUGUUUACCCUUAUGGCCUGGUAUUACCCUGGUGCUGCUGACUAAGAUCCCUAACAGCCAGGUGGCCAUGUCUGUGUAUGUGUUACUGGAGGCUUUUGUUAAGCUGGAAAAGAGGCUGAGUGAAGGACUGGACGGGCCGGGGGGCUUGCGCGCUCAACCUUCAAUCCAAGAGCUCCGCAACAAAAUGGAGAAGUUCCUCAAAGUACUGGCUAGCAUGGACAUCCAGGCCCCUCAACUUCACAACGCCUGGACAGAAUUUAAGAACAAGGCUGUUACCCGAUCAGGACAGGGCAUCAAAGUCUUGGUGCUCCUGUGUCGAAACAUGAAGACUCAGCUGUGCAGUUUGUAUCGACAGUGUUUUGCAGCUGAGUGUAUGGGAAGUACCCAGCGUCUCUCCCCCACGCUCCAAGAACGAGUGCUGAACAUGGUGCAAGAAAAGCUGAUCGACUGGAAGGACUUUCUGCUGGUUAAGAGCAAGAGAAAUACAACUAUGGUCUCAUACUUAGAUGACUUUCCUGGUCUUGUGCAUUUUAUUUACGUGGAUCGUACCACAGGACAAAUGAUUGCUCCAUCUCUCAGUGUGACUGACAGUGCUGCUACAGAGCUUGGAAGCGGUCCAAUCGCUCACUUUAUAAAAAACAAGGUGUGGAGUCUGGUUGCAACGACGAGGCGUUUUUUGCAGAAAGGCUAUAGCACUGUGACGUUACGAGAUGGAGACUACUACUUCUGCUACUUCCUCUGGUUUGAGAAUGAGACAGGGUACAAGCUGGAGGUGGUUGAUAUCCCUAAACUUCCUGAUGACUUGGGUCCUAUAGGAAUGCUUGCCUGGGAUUAUUACAGGAAGCUGCUGCGCUACUACAGUAAAAAUCACCAGAAUGAGGUGGUGAAGUGUUACGAGCUGCUGACCGUGCACCUGGGCGUGAUCCCUCCUGAGUACAUCCUGCAGCACUGCAGCCAGCUGGCCCGCAAGCUGUGGGAGCCAACACGCAUUCCUCUCUUAUGAGCACUUGCUGAGUUCUGGACUCUGGAUGGUUUCAUGACACUGUCAGUAUUCACACAGCUGUUAAAAUGUGCUGCACUAAUCCACUAGGCUCCCCGUGUUGUGGCCAUAUAUUGUGUACAGAUGAUUCCUGUUCCUGAACUGCUGUCCGAUAGUAAUAAACAAAUGGUAUUUUUUUACUGUUCCUUAAUGACAUGUAAUUAAGGUUAUUUGUUUAGGUUCUGGAAAAGUCCUUUCGAAGAUUCUGAUUUAUUUAUUUUGC